AUGCACCUCUCCGAUAUGGACGACGACGCCGGCUGCCAGCAUCCACAGCAGGUGCGGGCCAUGGAUGCACCCUCUUCCACCGUGGUUCCUACCUCGCACCACGACGCCGUCGGCACAUCCGAGCCAGCCUCGACCUCGUCGAGGCCGACGGAAUGCGAUGACAACCACAACAACGACGACGACGACGUCGAUUCCGACACCGACACCGAUGGCCACCCCAUCCCCGUCCCCACUGCUGCGACGACCAGCGACCCGCCGAGCAGCAUGACUCAGACGCUGUCCGUAUCGAGCUUCAAGUCAGCAUGGGCCAAAGGCGGCUCGUCCCUGCCCCUCUUCGGCCUACCGUCCAGCGGUUCCGCUGGCUCCAUUGCGAGGAUGCGGACCCAAGAGGAAGAGAAGCACGACACGCCGAGAUCCGACCUGGAUGAGAUCGAUCAGACACCCCGCAAGGUCAGGCCGGACAGGAGGGAAGAGGCGGAGCAGCAGCUGCUGCACGGACGUGACGAAGAUCGCGAGGAUGGAAAGGAGGAGGUCGUGGUGGUGGCGGCCAAGGCAGAGGAUGGGCAGCUGAGCAGUCUCCAGGCAGAGACAGCUUCUCAGAUGCAGGCUCAAGGCCCGCAUUCCGAUGAAGAGCAGGAGGACGUGCCGAAGGAGCAGCCCGCCGAGCAGCCCGUCGAGCAACAGCAGCUGGAGCAGCCGACCGAGCAGACCGACGGAACGCCAAUCGAGCAGUCGUCCCUGAACGAGCACGCAUCCACGAGGCAGCCAGAAGAACGGGCUGAGGAGGAGGAGCACCAGCAGCCGGUUCUGGACGACCUCCGCCCCGUCUCGACCGGCACGCAGGAGCAGGCAGCCGUCUCAGCACCGACGCCGCCGCUCGCGGUCGACCAUGUCGCAGGAACGACCAAUAUCGAGACCCCCACGUCGCCCGCUGGAGCCGAGCCAUGCCAGGCAGACGGCCCGGUCCCACUUCACGAGGAGGCAGACGUGCCCGCUGCCGUCCAGACUGCACUGAAGGCUUCGAUGCCAGAGCACGGACCAACCUCGGCGACACCCGAGAUUGCGGCUGAGGCGCCAGCUCCCGCAUCGCCCGUCCUGGCCGCUACGGCGCUCAAGGCCGACGCGGAACUGGCCAAGGUCGUCUUUGGCUCAUCUCCUCCGCCAAGCGCAGCGAGCUCCCUCGACGCCGCAGUGCCGACUGCGCGUGCACACGAGAAGCCCAUGAGCCCAGAGCGCAAGGCGAUCGCGGCCAAGUUCGACGCCAUCUCGAUGCCCCCUCCUAUGCAGCUCUCUCCGCGCCGCAGGGGGCGCGGCAGCAGCGGAACGACGGUGGGCUCCUCACCCAGCAAGCGGACCACUUCGGCCGAGCAGCGCGCCGCUCUGCGGGCCACACUCGGUCUGGGUCCGCUCUCCUCGCCCACGAUGCCGCCCGAGCAUCUCCGAGCCACGGGCAGCGGCCUCGCCGAGACGAUGGGGGCGCAGCGCAACAAGCUCGGAAUCAGCCCGCCCAAGGCAGCCAGCACGAGCACCGCCCGGCGACCGCUUGCAGCCAGGCCGAGUCGGGCCACGCGCAACGGCGGCAGCUCGCCGUCGAAGCUCGAGGACAUGAGCCUCCUCCUCGACUCGUCGGCCACCGACCUCAUGGGCGAGUCGCUGGGCGACUCGAGCUUCCUGGCCGCGGCGGGCAACGUGACGCUGGAUGACUCGUUCGACCUCAACGCGCAUGCCACUAGGGCCAAUCGACCCCGCGGCGCCCCCUCGCAGCCGUCCAGAUCGAGGCCGCCGCGCAUCAGCGUCGUACCAGAGGCACCGAGCUCAGAGGAACGCGGAGCAGCCAUAGCACCGGCGGCGGCACCGCCAUCGCCGCGACAGGCUGAACGGGGCUUCGGGAGGAACGUGCUGGGGCUCGGACUGGCGCCCAAGCCAACCGCGGGCCCCACCAGCAGCAGCAACAGCACGAUCAAGAACCCGUUCGCGGCACCAAGCUCCGAUGAGAGCACGGCCGAGCUCGACCUGACAGGCCGCUCCACCUCGCUGUCGCUGCUCAUGGACGAAUCUGGCGAAAAGAGCCUACUGUUUGGCGGCAACCUGUCGGCCUCGUUUGUCAACGCGAGGGACGGGGUCAGCGAGCGCGAGGCCGAAGAGCGAGGUGCCGCUGCACCGAGCGCCGGACGACCUUUGAACCGCGUUACGGCAGAGACCCUUGCGGCCAACGAUCGCCAGAACCAGCGCACGGCGAGCAACGCGAGCAGCAGCAGCAGCGCCACCACGGCGGUUGGCCGGUCGCGGAGGGCGUCGCUCGCCUCGUCUGUCACUAGCACCACCAGUGUCCGCACCGUGAGGGAGUCGCCUGCCGCGCCGGCCAGGUCGACGGGGUUGAGGCAGCCUGGAAGCGGCCUUGUGCGGUCCACGUCGACCAGCUCGGCUAGGAGCCGUAUCGGCGGUGAAGCGGGCGGCAGCGAUGCCAACACCAAGACUCCGAUCGCCGCCGCACGCACCCUGGCUCGACCCUCGGCCGCAGCCGCGACCUCCGCAGCCGCGACCUCCGCAGCAGCCGCGACGUCGAGCCUGGCACGUCGCCGGACGACCUCCACCACAUCGACGCAGGAUCGUCCCGCGGCGAGCUCGGCGACGACUUCGACCACGGCGAGCGCGACUGCGACGCCGAUGGCAUCUCGACGCAAGAGCCUCGCUUCCCGCCCGCCCGUCAGCGGCAGCGCGUCGCGUCGCGAGUCGCUGAUCUCGCUCUCGGCCACGACGGCAGUCACCCCUUCCUCGUCGGCCUCUACGAUUGCGGUGCCGCGCCGUCGUCCCGUCUCGCCUCCUGCCGGCGCCGAGCUGGAGAUGAAGACGCCGACUGGGCCUGUCCGGACCAUUUCUUCGCAUCGCACGGCAGCGGGCGGAGGAGACGUUGCGAGUGGCCGGACGACGUCGGCGGUUGGAGGGGCGACCACGACCACGGCCGGUAGCGCAAGGAGGUCGUUCCUCCCCGCGGCGGCUGGUGCGACGACGACGAGCACGGCCAGGACGAGCGGGCUGAGGACGCCGCGCAAAUCGACUACGACCACGACCGCUGGCGGCGCUGCUACGGGGAUCCAACCCAUGCCUCCGCUGCCCGCUCCGUCGUCUUCGUCGUCGACUUCGGUCGCGACCAGCCGACUGGCACGCACGACGCCUCGCAAGAGCAUCGCCACGAGGCCGCCUUCGCUGGCGCGUCCCAACGCAGCCGCCGCCACGUCGUCGGCCGGUGUCGUCGGCGGGCGUGCGGGACUGCAGAGGAGCGAGUCGGUCGGCACUGCGUUGUCCUACGCUGGCGCGAGGGAGCGGACCUCGACGGUCGGUGGCUCGACGGUGACGGCGACGAGGAUUGGUCGUCCUUCUGCCGCAACGGCGCUGACGACGACGACGGCGGGGGCGGGGGCGAGGUCGACGGUGUUCAAGGAGUCGACCAACGUCGUCGCGCCGUCCGAGGCGGGCAGGAUCCGGAGGAGCGCAAUGCACGCCGCCUCGUCUGCAGGUACCGCCGCCGUUCGUGCAGGAGCCAAGGCGGCGACCGAUGCGGCAGCCUCGGGUGAGAGGGGCAGCGGCAUUUCCGUCCCGACACGACGGGCGUAG